AGCAAAACUAAAGAAAGGAGGAAGCGACGCGUCUCUCUCUCUCAGCUAACGUACUUCUUCCCUAGUUCUUGAAGUCCAGAUAGAUCGAAAGCAACUAGUAAAGCGGGUAGGAGGAGAUGGAAGAGCAUCGAUCAGCAGAGUUCAACAAGGAUGAUGAUGAGGAGUUCUAUGAGAAGAUUGAAGCACCGAAGUAUGUCGAUUUUACCGUUCCCGAUCCACCUCUUCCCGACGAUCGUUCCUGGUUUUGUUUGCGUGUCGGAUGCGACCAGAAGCAUGAAGAAGACAUGGAUCCUGAUGCUCUUUAUAGAAGUUUUGUUCUUCGGGUUAUGGCAGCAAGGAGCCCCAACAUAAAACUUCAGAAGGCGAUGAGUAGAAUAGCUCCACAUGCAAAUAUUAAAUGCCCCCAAUCAGCUCCGGCAAAAUCUUCAAAGAAUAGAAUAUCAAGAAUCACUGCAAUCACAUUGGCUUCUCAAAAGAUGGCUGACAAACCGAUAAAAUCCCAUCCUAUAUCUAGGCUUAACUCAGCUUCAAAUGCGAAGGCUAAGCAAUCUUCUGUUGCCGCAAAGGCUUUGACAACUCCAAGGCCUAAAAGGUGCCUCCCAGGUCCAGAUCCCUUGCGUAGUGUUCAGAACCCAAAAACAUCUGUUUCUUUGACAAAGAAUCGAGUGGUCUCGAAGGCCCUGAUAUUCCACACACCAAAGAAAAAUGAAAGGGUGAAAACUUCAUUACAUUCACAUAAUCCAGUCACAGAAUUAUGUGAACAGGUGAAGAAGCUUGAGAUAAACAAACAAAAGCAGGGGCGUUCUCGUGUUGUGUCAUCCAGGUACAAUAAUAGCAACAAUGUUCCCACUUCCAAUACUUCCAAAGCACAUUUGAGGCCCAGAAAGCUUAGAAUUCAAGCUGAGGUUUCAUUCAUUUCUCAAGGUUCCAAGGAUGGCAAGGUUGCAAAAUCUUCAAGAUGUCUAAAGAGCAAAACCAAAUCCAAUUUACCCAUAUGUAAUCAAUCUUUGUCACAUGAACGGAUUGAUGACGACAAUAGUGAUAUGGAAAUUGAUGGAAAAUCAAGGGAUGGCUCCUUAGAAGCGUCUUCUGGAUCAGGUAGUUCUGGAAAUGAUGAAAAAACUGGUCAUGACAAGCCCCUAAUGAUUGUGAAGGCCUUGGAAAAUUUAGGUGCAACUUCUACUCAAGAUGAAAAGACUCCAAUUGGGGAAAAUCCAUUAGCAAGUUCAAGCAAUGUUGCAGACUUAAUUUCAACUUCUGAGGAUGGAGGAUCAAAUUAUGAGGAGAAGAAAGAUUUAGAAGUUGGUUUUCCCAAACAUCAAACUCCCAAUGUAGCAGGAGUAGAGAAUUACACUACGGGAAGUGACGAUAAAGAAAAUGCUUUGUUGUCUGAUGAUAACAGAGAAAUCAACAUCAAUAAUAGUCACUCUAAAAUGAAGACACUGAGCAAGCAUGAAGCUCAUGAAAGGUCUCAGAAGGUCAUUCGAGAGCUUAGUAAAAGAGAUUGCUCUACUGCUGCUGCUACUGCCCAAAAGUACAAGAAAACAAAGCCAACAAACCCUAAACCUUUCCGGCUGCGGACUGAUGAAAGGGGAAUUCUUAAGGAGGCAAACCUAGAUAGAAGGUUGCAUCUUCUUGCUCCUUCUAAAGAAAAUCCGGCAGUCCAAAGGUUAUCUACUGGAAGGUUGCAGAGAAGGCAUCUAACGGAGACUCAAAAAACUGAGAAGUCCCAUGAAGGAAACCAAACUGAAUCAGGAAAAAGAGUUAAAAAGCAACAGCUGAAAAAUGUAUAUCUUAAAACACCAAAAUGUGCAACAGAGACAAAGGUGGUGUCAACCAUUCAAAAAAGCCAGAAGACAUUGAAACUUAUGACUCCUCAGUGGGACGAUGGUAAGGAGAGAGCAGGUAAAAAAGCAGAGUGCAGCUUAAAAAAGGCUAAAUCACCUUUUCCGCGGCCACAACUUGUCAAGCCUCAAAGGAUGGCUUCAGCAAGCAAGGCAACAGUUCCACUAGCAUCAACUAGCCAGUUGAGCACGAAAAAAGAAACUUCAUCAGCAAUCUCAAGACCUAGGGAUGUAGUAGAGCCAACUGACAAUGGCAACACAAACACCAUCAGUAAAGUGAAAGCCAUAAGGUCAUGUUCAAGGGGUAAAAGACCUGCAACAAUUCCGAAGGAGCCAAACUUUCAGAGUAUCCAUGUACCAAAGAGUUGCACAAAGAAGCUGUCCCAGGCAAUCAUGUCAUGAAUUUGUUUCUUUGUUUACUGUAUUUGUAUUCAUGUUCAAUUAUAUCAUUGAAAUCUUUUUCUUCAGGUUUUCAAAGCAAGCAAUGUAAUUUAUAUUCACAGGGUUGUGCUUA